CCUCAAGUGAUCCACAACUGGAACGAUGGUUAUCGUGAGUUUUAUAGCGACCCAUGAAGGCCGCGCAGAGAAUGUUUUGAGCCGUCCGAAGUGACGAGGUUGACAGCUUCGUGAUAUCUCGAGAUGCGUAUAAACGCCUUCAUGACUGGGUAGAUCAAAAGCAGUUGAAAGACACGUCUGUCAGCAUCGGGCCUAAAGGCAAUUACUUCGCUAGAUGCGGCGAGUCCUGGAUUUCACAUGGAUUACCAAAAGAUCUGCAGACCAAGCUGAAUCGUACUAAAAACAUGCUUACGCCAACCCAUGUGGCCCUUGGACUACACGGCUCCUGGAUCGUUCUCUGGUUCGAUGGUAAUCUAUCAUACAAUCUGCGGAGCUCGUACCCUGGAAUUGGCGAGAACAUUGCUCUUACCGGGGGAGUUGGCCAGGUGCUCUUUGUCGCCUUAAACCCGUACGAAGAAGACGGAUACUUCGUUGCUGAGAAAGACGGCUGUUCUUUCAGUACGAAUUUGUCCUCGAAAACGGACGGGAGAGAGGUCCAGAAGAUGAUGGAAGACUACAUGCAGAUGAAAGCGAAGCGCGAUAAUGCAACCUUCAAUGACUCUUUCAUGAUGAAUGAAGUGAAGCAAAUGUUAUACAUCACAACAACUUCGUAUGAGCGACGUCGGGCCAACUCGCUUUUCGAGACAUGGAAGCAGAGACGAAAUUUGCUUCUCCAGCGGGAAAUUAUAUCUCUCAUAGGAUCUGGGUCCACUGCCAUGUAUGUAUCAUCAAGUUACGCAGAAGCAAGCUCAGUCAGAGCGGCGGGCGCUGCGGCAGCAACUGGAGUAGGCUUGGCGGCCAUCAUGCUGAGUGGGAUCGGCGAUGGAUUUCGUACAUCUCUGUAA